AUGAAGUUCUCCAAUAUCGCCAUCGCCGCCGCAUGCCUUAUGGCCUCUGCUCAUGGUUUCGCUGCACCCAAGCCAACCAGCUUUGGACUCAAGGCCGCCCCUCUUCAGAUGGCCACUGCCACCGAGACUGACAAGAUGGCUGCUCUUUCUACUGCUGCCAACGAAGCUCGUGGUCUUGCUAUGGACUCCAUUGCUGCCGCCCACUCUGGACACAUGGGUCUUCCGCUUGGUGCUGCUGAGGUUGGAGCUGUCCUUUACGGAUCCCAGAUGUCUUACCACGCCGCUGAUCCUACCUGGAUCAACCGUGACCGAUUCAUCCUUUCGGCUGGACACGGAUCCAUGUUCUUGUACUCUUGGUUGAAUCUUGCUGGAUUCGACCUUCCCAUGGAAGAAGUCAAGAACUUCCGUCAACACCACUCCAUGACCCCUGGUCACCCAGAGUUCCCCAGUUCCGAGCACAACACACCAGGAAUUGAAUCCACAACCGGUCCUCUUGGACAGGGUGUUUCCAAUGCUGUCGGAGCCGCUGCCUCUGCUAAAAUGGCUGCUGCCAUCUACAACACUGAGGACCACACCCUCUUCGACCACCACAUCUAUGCCCUUGCUGGAGAUGGUUGCUUCCAAGAGGGAGUUUCCGCCGAAUCCGCUUGCUUCGCUGCCCACGAAAAGCUUGACAACUUGAUUGUCUUGUACGACGCCAACGAAGUCACUCUUGACAAGAUGGCCGAAUACACUCAAUCCGAAGACAUCAUCAAGCGUUACGAAGCUUACGGCUGGGAAGUCUAUGACAUUGAUGGACAUGACCUCAAGGUUGUUGAGGAGACCAUCGCCGCUGCCAAGGCCAGUGACAACGGAAAGCCCAAGUUCAUCAAGUGCAACACCAUCAUUGGAAAGGGAAUGGAAGAGACUGAGGGAACCAACGCUGCUCACGGUGAAGCCGGUGUCCCAUACGUUGACAACGCCAAGAAGAACAUUGGCUUGCCCGAAGGCGAGAAGUGGUACGUCUCUGACGACACUCGUGACUUCUUCGCUGAUGUCCAAAAGGACAACAAGGCAACCUACGAUGCAUGGCAAGAGACUUUCGCUGCCUGGAAGGAGGCCAACCCUGAGCUUGCCAAGCAACUCCAGGAUGCCGUCGAGGACAACACUAUGUCCGCUGAAGAUAUGAUCAAGGAAAUCCCUGCUAUGGAGUCUGGAGCCGAGGCCACCCGUGUUUCCGGAAACAAGGUCAUCCAAGAAAUCUCUCGUCUUGUCCCCCACUACAUUUCAGGAUCUGCUGAUCUUCACGGAUCCACCCGUAACUACAUCAACGAUGGCGGAAACUUCGGUUCUGGAUUCGACAAGAGCUACGCUGGAAAGAACUUGUACUUCGGUAUCCGUGAGCACGCUAUGGGAUCCAUCAUGAACGGAUUCGGCUUCCACGGUCUCUUCAAGGUCUCUGGAUCCACUUUCCUGGUUUUCGUUGACUACAUGCGUUCCACCCUUCGAGUUGCCGCCUUGUCCGAGCUCAACCGUGUCAGUUACAUCCUUACCCACGACUCCAUCGGUGUUGGCGAGGAUGGACCAACCCAUCAGCCCGUCGAGACUGUUGCCGGUCUCCGUGUCAUCCCCAACCUUGAUGUCAUGCGCCCCGCUGAUGCCGAAGAGACUGUUGCUGCUAUGGUUCACUCUGUCACACGCAAGGAAGGUCCUGUUGCUUUGAUCUUCUCUCGUCAAAACAUUGACCAAAACGACGCUCUCAGCGCUGCUGAACGUCGUGAGGGAACUCUCAAGGGAGCCUACGUCGCCAAGAAGGAAGAAGGUGACCUUAACAUGAUCAUCAUUGCCACCGGAUCCGAAGUCCCACAUGCCCUUGAAGCCGCCAAUGAAUUCCCCGGUACUCGUGUUGUUUCCAUGCCUUGCGUUGAAGCGUUCGAGCGCCAAUCUGAUGACUACAAGGAGAGUGUCCUGCCAUCAUCUUGCACCAAGCGCGUCGCUAUGGAAGCCGGUGUCUCUUCCGCUUGGUACAAGUACGCUAGCAAGGUCGUUGGUGUUGACUACUUCGGUUUCUCUGCCCCAGGAGACAUCGUCAUGAAAGAGAAGGGAAUGACAGCAGAGAACCUUAUCGCUGAGAUCAAGUCCAUGGCAUAA